AAUCCCUAAAUAGUAAAUAAACUACCACCCAAGAAAACAAAAAAACAAUCUAUUAUUAUCAUAAAAAAAAAAACAAAUAAAAGUGGAAAUAUAGUUGAAAGAACCAAAGACUUCGUCAACAUCUAAAUUUAUUUUUAGUACAUAUCUUAUGGAAUAUAAAAAUCCACUCUCCUCAUCACUAACCCAAAAUAACAUACAAUAUACUUUAAUUUUCUUCUUCAAACAAAAUAUAAAAUAUAAAAUUUAAAGAAAAAAAAGCCAUGAUACGUACUAAUAGUAAUAACGUUAAAGCUACAUUUUUAACGGUUAAUCUCAGUUUCGUAUUAUUAUUAGCAACGACGACAGUCGUGUUGGGUGGCGACACGCCAAUACCGGAAAGCCCUUACGGAGUUGACAAUUGGUUCAGCAGUAAUGUUAAGCAGUCAACGGUUAGAAAGUCAACCCUUGAUCCUGUCCUUUUCCAGGCAGAGAGCGUCCCAGUUAAGGUGAUCACGGUCAGUAAAGAUGGGAAGGGAAACUUUAAUAAUAUAAAGGCAGCCAUUGAUAGUGUCCCAAACGGCAACACAAGAAGAAUCGUUAUCUCAAUCGGACCAGGUGAGUACAAGGAGAAGAUUACAAUCGACCGGAGCAAGCAAUUCAUCAGCUUCUACGGAAACCCAAAAGCCAUGCCCACUUUGGUCUUCGACGGCACCGCAGCGCAGUACGGAACUGUCGACAGCGCCACCUUAAUCGUCUACCCCGACUAUUUUUCUGCCGCUAAUGUUAUUUUUAAGAAUUCUGCACCAGAACCAGAUGGGAAGAGAAGGAAUGCUCAGGCAAUUGCUUUGAGGAUUUCCGGGAAUAAGUCAUCCUUCUACAACUGUAGGUUCAUUGGUUUUCAGGACACUCUUUGCGAUGACAGAGGUCUUCAUUUUUUCAAGGAUUGUUAUAUUGAAGGCACUGUUGAUUUCAUAUUCGGAAGUGGAACCUCUCUUUAUCUGAGAAGCGAAUUACACGUGAUUGGAACGAGUGGAAUGGCAGUGAUGACAGCACAAGCAAGAGAGUCAGAGAAGGAGGAGACUGGAUACUCAUUCGUGCAUUGCAAGGUUACAGGUAGUGGUAAGCAUGCAUUUCUAGGGAGAGCUUGGAUGAGCAGACCCAGAGUCGUCUUUUCCUUCACCAACCUAAGCGACGUCGUUACCCCUCUUGGAUGGAGCGACAAUUUUCACCCUGAACGUGACAACACUGUUUUCUUCGGAGAGUACAAGAACAGCGGACCAGGUGCGAGUACUGGUGGGCGAUCUAAAUUCACCAAGCUACUAACGUAUGACCAAGCCAAGCCUUAUAUUAGUCUUGGUUUUAUAAAGGGUUCCACCUGGUUGCUUCCUCCCCCUAAGCCCUAAAUUAAUGUAUAUUAUUAUGUAUAUUUCUGUAUCCAUAAAAUGGAUAUGAUGAUUACUUAAUUUAGGAUUCAGAUCUUUAGAUAUUUAUGUCUGCAUUGUAUGCUUUGUAUUACAUCAAAUUUCAUUGCAUUUCAGUCUUUCCAAGUUUGAUUUCAUUGUCCAAA